ACCCCCGGCUGUUAGAGCUGUGUGAGUGCGUGUGUGCUCCAGAGCUUGCCUCGGCACACAUUAUAUAUAAAAAAAUAAAAAAUACAAAAAAAAAAUAUUUUAAAACUUUUAAAAACUCCAAAAAAUUAUUUCCUUUAUUUUCUUUUUAAAUAAAAAAUCGGUGAAGCGGAAGGCCGAGAAACAUCGCAACAAACCCGAAGAAAAUAACGGACGUCUGUGAGCUUGCGGAGGCCUAUCGGUUGUGCUUGAUAAGUUGGUUUCGAAAUUUUUGCGUUUUAAAAUUUCAGUUGCCCUUAAUAUUCCCGAUUUUAAACGAAGAACCAAACACUUUAGUCGGUCCCGUGUCUAAUUCAUUUAAGCGACGGUUUUAAAUGGAAAAAAAUUGGUAUUGAAAUUAGCUUGACAGCUAACUGUUUUCUGACGUAGUUGAGUUCACGCGCUAGCGCCGCAAAACUGGUCAAAAUCCUCCGCCUGCUACCGAAGAGAAAAUGAACCCCAGCGCUCCUAGUUACCCCAUGGCCUCACUGUAUGUGGGGGACCUGCACCAGGACGUGACUGAAGCCAUGCUCUACGAGAAGUUCAGCCCGGCCGGGGCCAUCCUUUCCAUCCGUGUGUGCAGGGACAUGAUCACCCGCAGGUCGCUCGGCUACGCUUAUGUCAACUUUCAGCAACCUGCAGACGCUGAACGAGCUCUAGACACUAUGAACUUCGAUGUCAUCAAGGGCAGACCUGUCCGCAUCAUGUGGUCUCAGCGUGAUCCCUCUUUGAGGAAGAGCGGUGUUGGAAACAUCUUUAUUAAGAACCUGGAUAAGUCUAUCGAUAACAAGGCCCUUUAUGACACCUUUUCUGCCUUUGGGAACAUCUUGUCUUGCAAGGUUGUUUGUGAUGAGAAUGGCUCAAAGGGGUACGGCUUUGUGCAUUUUGAGACCCAGGAAGCAGCUGAAAGAGCCAUCGAGAAAAUGAAUGGCAUGUUGCUGAAUGACCGAAAAGUGUUUGUGGGGCGCUUCAAAUCUCGCAAAGAGAGGGAGGCUGAGCUCGGAGCAAGAGCGAAAGAAUUUACCAAUGUGUACAUCAAGAACUUUGGGGAAGAUAUGGAUGACGACAAACUCAAGGACAUCUUCAGCAAAUAUGGUAAUGCUAUGAGCAUCCGUGUCAUGACUGAUGAACAUGGAAAAUCCAGAGGCUUUGGAUUUGUCAGUUUUGAGAGGCAUGAAGAUGCCCAAAGGGCUGUGGAUGAAAUGAAUGGGAAGGAGUUGAACGGGAAGCUCAUUUAUGUGGGUCGUGCUCAGAAGAAAGUUGAGCGUCAGACUGAGCUCAAGCGCAAGUUUGAACAGAUGAAGCAGGAUCGCAUGACUCGCUACCAGGGUGUCAAUCUCUAUGUGAAGAACUUGGAUGAUGGCAUUGAUGAUGAGUGCCUUCGUAAAGAGUUCUCUCCCUUUGGUACAAUCACCAGUGCUAAGGUCAUGAUGGACGGUGGUCGCAGUAAAGGCUUCGGUUUUGUCUGUUUCUCUUCUCCUGAGGAAGCCACUAAGGCAGUGACUGAGAUGAAUGGCCGUAUUGUGGCCACUAAGCCGCUCUACGUGGCUCUAGCUCAGCGCAAAGAGGAACGGCAGGCCCACCUCACCAACCAGUACAUGCAGAGGAUGGCUAGUGUCCGUGCGGUGCCAAACCCUGUUAUCAACCCCUACCAACCUGCACCGCCAUCAGGAUACUUCAUGGCUGCUAUUCCACAAGCCCAGAACCGAGCUGCAUAUUACCCAACCAGUCAGCUCGCCCAGCUCAGACCCAGCCCUCGCUGGACUACACAGGGCGUCAGGCCUCAGCACUUCCAGAACAUGCCUGGCACGAUGCGCCCGUCUGCUCCCAGACCUCAGACGUUCAGCACCAUGCGCCCUGCCUCCCAGGUGCCCCGCAUGAUGUCCACUCAGCGCGUUGCCGCACAGACUAUGGGUCCACGACCCACAACUGCAGCGGCCGCCGCAGCUGCACCCCCAGUGCGUGGUGUGCCUCAGUACAAAUACGGACCCAGUGUCCGCAACCCCCAACAGCACAUGAACACACAGCCUCAGGUUACUAUGCAGCAGCCUGCUGUGCAUGUGCAAGGACAGGAGCCACUGACUGCAUCAAUGCUCGCCGCUGCUCCUCCACAGGAACAGAAGCAGAUGCUGGGUGAACGUCUCUUCCCGCUAAUCCAAAACAUGCACCCCAGCCUGGCUGGCAAGAUCACUGGAAUGCUUCUGGAAAUCGACAACUCUGAGCUCCUUCACAUGCUGGAGUCUCCAGAGUCUUUGCGCUCCAAGGUUGAUGAGGCUGUUGCCGUACUCCAGGCUCACCAGGCUAAAGAAGCCGCUCAGAAAACAGUGACCAACUCUGCUGGUGUGCCAAACGUCUAAGCCAAGGGGUGUGAAACCUUGAAACUUCACCGGGAGAAAAAAAUUAAACAUUGAAAAAACUAAAACACAGAAAAUAUAGCAAAACAUCUAAAACAAUAUUUAAAAAAGAAACUAGAAGGAGCCAGGUCUAGAGAAGAAAAUCCUAGGCCUAGUUAGGUAUUUUAAAAAAGGAAUAAAAAGAGUAAAACAGAAAAAUUAUAUUGGGGUUAAAAAAAAAAACAUUCCACGGAAUAGGGAAAACAUCCCUAAAGCAUUCCUGCCUUGUUUUAUUUGCAUUUAAAGACUGGGGUCAUGUUCUUGGAAUGGAGGAGAGAACUGACUGAACCAGCAAUGUGAAGUUUAUCUUACAUUGAAAAAUUGCUUGCUGAAAUAAAGCUCAUUAAAAUGUUAAA